AUGUCUGUCAGAGGAGGAGGAUCGAGAGGUUUUUAUUUCAACACUGUUCUGUCCCUGGCCCGCUCUUUAGCGGCUCAUCAACCUGCUCCGAUUGACAAGGUUCAAAAGCUACAAUGCAUGUGUCCCGUGGAUUUCCGUGGUGUUUACCAACUGGAUGAGAGGAGGAGAGACGCUGUCAUAGCACUGGGCAUCUUCCUGGUGGAGUCAGAUUUGCAGCAUAAAGACGCAAUUGUUCCUUAUUUGCUGGGGCUGCUGAAAGGUUUGCCCAGGGUGCAAUGGAUUGAAGAGAGCUCAGAAAGAAAGGGAAGAGAAACCCUUCCUGUCUCCGAGAAUUUCUGCUUCUGUCUGGUGACCAUGCUCUCGGAUGUUGCUCACAGGGACGAGUCUUUGCGAAUGCAGAUUUUGGAGGCUGUUAUGGACCUCAUGCAAGUCCUGCUGGAGAUGUGUCAAAGCCCAGAGAGUCACGACAAAGAAUACCUCUGCAGAUACACUGUGCCCUGCCUUUUCGGUGUGGCGCGAGCGUUUGGCCGCUAUAGCAACACAGAGGAGCCUCUGCUCUCCAAGCUGUUUCCACGGACGAUGUCUCAGCCGCUGGGAACUGUGGAGGAGGUGGAAUCGGCACGUCGGCGCUCCUUUAACGAUUUCCGCUCCAUUCUGCCCAGCUCUCUCCUCACCGUCUGCCAGAGCGACACGCUACGGCGUAAAACCAGCAAUGUGUCCAGCAUCUCUCAGCAGGCCAGUCCUGAACGUGCAGGGUUUCCACCAAGCUCUCCUGCUGAACCCUCUGCUCACUACUUUGAAGGUUCGUAUCUACCCGACGGGAGUGCUGUGGAUCCAGAUUACUAUUUCUCCACCAUCAGUUCCUGUUUCUCCGUCUCUCCCCUGUUCACUGGCAGCAGCAGCAGAGAGUUGUCUGUUCCCCUGGAGAUGUUACGAAAGCUCUUGCACAUGGUUGAAAAAUUUGUAGCAGAAUCAUUUUUGAAGACUCUCGAUACAACUAUGGCAGAGGUUUUGGAGGUCAAUCCAAACAUUAAUCUGUUCUAUAAAACCUUCAGUGAUCCUCUGUACGUGGCUGUGUUUAAAAUGUUAAGGGACACUUUAUACUACAUGAAAGAUCUACAGACCUCCUUUGUGAAGGAAGUGCACGACUUUGUGCUGGAGCAGUUCAGCAGUAGCCAAUCAGAGCUGCAGAGGAUUCUGCAUGAUGUGGAGUACUUACACAGUGAGCUCAGUCCACUUAAGCUACGAUGCCAGGCGAACGCCGCCUGCGUCGACCUAAUGGUGUGGGCAGUCACCGAAGAGCAAGGUGCUGAGAAUCUUUGCACUAAGCUGUCCGAGAAGCUCCAGUCCAAGACAUCCAGCAAAGUCAUCAUCGCCCACAUGCCCCUGCUGGUCUGCUGCCUACAGGGCCUGGGCCGACUGUGUGAACGUUUCCCAGUGGUGGCGCACUCUGUGACUAUGUCACUCAGGGACUUCCUGGUUGUUCCCUCUCCAGUGCUGGUCAAACUCUAUAAAUACCACAGCCAGUACAGCACAGGUACUGGAGAGAUCAAGAUCCACGUGACCAACGAGCACUCCCAGUCCACCUUCACUCAGUCCAGUAAGAAGAGCCAGCCCUCCAUGUACGAACAGCUCCGAGAUAUCUCCAUAGACAACAUAUGCAGGUGUCUAAAAGCCGGGCUGACUAUGGAUUCGGUGAUCGUCGAGGCUUUUCUGGCCAGCCUCUCCAACCGGCUCUACAUUUCCCAAGAAAACGACAAGGAUGCCCAUUUAAUUCCGGAUCACACGAUCCGUGCCCUGGGUCACAUUGCCGUGGCGUUGCGGGACACGCCUCGUGUGAUGGAGCCCAUUCUGCAGAUUCUGCAGCAGAAAUUCUGUCAGCCGCCCUCACAGCUUGACGUCCUUAUUAUAGACCAACUAGGCUGCAUGGUCAUCACCGGAAAUCAAUACAUCUACCAGGAGGUCUGGAACCUGUUUCAGCAGAUAAGUGUGAAAGCCAGCUCCAUGGUGUACUCCACUAAAGACUACAAGGACCACGGAUACAGACACUGUUCCCUCGCCGUGAUAAACGCGCUGGCGAACAUCGCGGCGAACCUGCAGGCGGAGCAGAUGGUGGAUGAGCUGCUGGUGAACUUGCUGGAGCUGUUUGUGCAGUUGGGUCUGGAGGGUAAACGGGCCAGUGAGAGAGCCAGUGAGAAAGGCCCUGCUCUUAAAGCCUCGAGCAGUGCUGGGAAUUUAGGGGUACUGAUCCCGGUCAUUGCUGUGCUGACUAAACGUUUGCCGCCGAUAAAAGAGGCCAAACCCAGGCUGCAGAAGCUCUUCCGAGACUUCUGGCUUUACUCCGUGGUCAUGGGCUUUGCCGUAGAGGGUUCAGGUCUUUGGCCAGAGGAGUGGUAUGAGGGUGUGUGUGAAAUUGCCACCAAGUCGCCUUUGCUGACGUUCCCCAGCGGAGAACCCUUACGUUCGGAACUGCAGUACAACUCUGCCUUGAAAAACGACACUGUCACCGCGGCUGAAUUGAACGAUCUGAGGAGUACGAUCAUUAACCUGUUGGAUCCCCCUCCUGAAGUCACAGCCCUCAUCAACAAACUGGAUUUCGCCAUGUCCACGUACCUGCUCUCCGUCUACCGGCUGGAGUACAUGAGAAUGCUGCGUUCCCUGGAUUCUGACCGUUUCCAGGUCAUGUUCCGUUAUUUUGAAGAUCGUGCUAUCCAGAAGGACAAAUCAGGCAUGAUGCAGUGUGUGAUUGCGGUUGGUGAUAAAGUCUUUGAGGUUUUCCUUCAGAUGAUGGCUGAAAAGGCAAAGACCAAAGCUCAUGAGGAGGAGCUGGAACGCCAUGCUCAGUUCCUAUUGGUCAAUUUCAACCACAUUCACAAGAGGAUCCGUAGGGUUGCUGACAAAUACCUCUCAGGAUUGGCUGAAACUUUCCCUCAUUUGCUGUGGAGCGGCCGCGUCCUGAGGACGAUGUUGGACAUUUUACAAACCCUGUCCCUCUCUCUCAGUGCAGACAUCCACAAAGACCAGCCAUACUAUGACAUCCCGGACACGCCCUAUCGCAUCACGGUGCCCGACACCUAUGAGGCCAGAGAGAGUAUUGUGAAAGAUUUUGCGGCUCGCUGCGGAGAAAUCCUCAAGGAGGCCAUGAAAUGGGCCCCAUCCGUCACCAAGUCUCAUCUCCAGGAAUACCUGAACAAGCACCAGAACUGGGUCUCAGGUCUGUCCCAGCACACGGGUUUGGCGAUGGCCACAGAGAGUAUCCUCCACUUCGCCGGAUACAACCGCCAGAGCACAGCUCUCGGAACCACACAGCUCACUGAGAGGCCAGCCUGUGUGAAGAAAGAUUACUCUAAUUUCAUGGCUUCUCUCAACCUGAGGAACCGCUAUGCAGGAGAGGUUGCGGGGAUGAUCCAGUUCUCAGAAGCCACCAGAAGCACCUCGGACCUGAACAAGCUUAUGAUUGGUCAGCUGAUUGAAGCGCUGGAUGGAGGCCAACCAGAAGCCUUCACUGAGGCCAUGUUUAAACUGACCGCCCUCCUCAUUAGCUCCAAAGAGUGUGAUCCUCAGCUUUUGCACCAUCUGUGCUGGUGUCCUCUGAAGAUGUUCACGGAGAACGGCAUGGAGACGGCCAUCGCCUGCUGGGAAUGGCUCUUGGCCGCCAAGGCCGGUGUUGAAGUACCGUUCAUGCGUGAGAUGGCGGGCGCCUGGCAGAUGACCGUGGAGCUGAAGAUGGGCUUGUUUUCAGAUGCUCAGCAUGAGGCUGAUCCGUUAGCGGCCUCUGAGGAGAGUCAGCCCAUGCCCUGUCCUCCCGACGUCACCCCACACUACAUCUGGAUCGAGUUUCUUGUUCAGCGCUUUGAGAUUGCCAAGUACUGCAGCGCUGACCAGGUGGAGAUUUUUGGCGGUCUCUUACAGAGGUCCCUCUCUCUCAACGUGGGCGGUCCAAAGAGCAGUUUGAACCGCCAUGUGGCAGCCAUCGGACCACGCUUCAGGCUGCUAACCCUUGGCCUCGCCUUGCUUCACUCCGACGUGGUCACCAACGCCACCAUCCGGAACGUUCUGCGUGAGAAGAUCUACUCCACCGCCUUUGAUUACUUCAGCGUCGCUUCAAAGUUCCCCACCCAGGGGGACAAACGCUUGCGAGAAGACAUCAGCAUCAUGAUAAAGUUUUAUGCCAGCAUACUUUCGGACAAGAAGUACCUGGCUGCCAGCCAGCUGGUGCCACCCGACAACCAGGACCCCUCUCUGAACAGCCUGUCGGUGAUGACUGCCGCCGACCCGAGAAACAACAUGGACGUGUCCAUGGGCACCCGCCAGCAGAGCGCCCAGGGCUGGAUCAACACUUACCCCCUGUCCAGCGGGAUGUCCACUACCUCUAAGAAAUCAGGCAUGUCCAAGAAGAGCAAUCGAGGCACUCAGCUUCACAAGUACUACAUGAAGCGCAGAACGUUACUGCUUGCUUUACUGGCCAGCGAGAUCGAGCGCCUGACGACGUGGUACAAUCCGCUCUCUGCCCAGGAGCUGGCGAUCUCCACCGAGCAGUCUGUGGAAACCAGUAUCGCUAACUGGAGAUCCAAAUACAUUAACCUCAGCGAAAAACAAUGGAAAGACAAUGUAAACCUGGCUUGGAGCAUUGCUCCUUACCUUGCCAUGCAGUUACCGGCCAGGUUUAAAAACACUGAGGCCAUUGUGUCUGAAGUAACCCGUUUGGUCAGACUGGACCCUGGAGCGGUCAGCGACGUACCAGAGGCGGUUAAGUUCCUCGUGACUUGGCACACCAUUGACGCCGACUCUCCAGAGCUGAGUCAUAUCUUGUGCUGGGCCCCCGCUGAUCCCCCCACUGGACUCUCGUACUUCUCCAGCAUGUACCCGCCACACCCGCUCACAGCCCAGUAUGGGGUCAAAGUGCUGCGCUCUUUCCCUCCUGAUGCAAUUUUAUUUUACAUUCCUCAGAUUGUUCAGGCGCUGCGCUAUGACAAGAUGGGCUACGUCCGAGAGUACAUUCUGUGGGCAGCUCAGAAGUCCCAGCUCCUGGCGCAUCAGUUCAUUUGGAACAUGAAGACAAACAUCUACCUGGAUGAAGAAGGGCACCACAAAGACCCUGAUAUCGGAGAUCUGCUGGAACAGAUGGUGGAGGAGAUCACCGGAUCUCUGUCUGGCCCGGCCAAAGACUUUUACCAGCGAGAGUUUGACUUCUUCAACAAGAUCACCAACGUCUCCGCUAUCAUCAAGCCAACCCCGAAAGGAGAGGAACGGAAGAGGGCGUGUCUAAAAGCUCUUUCUGAUAUCAAAGUCCAGCCAGGCUGUUAUUUACCCAGCAAUCCUGAAGCUAUUGUCCUAGAUAUUGACUACAAGUCAGGAACUCCCAUGCAAAGUGCUGCCAAGGCACCUUACCUUGCAAAGUUCAAAGUCAAGCGAUGCGGAGUGAGUGAGCUGGAGAAAGAGGGCCUCCGCUGUCCCUCGGACUCUGUGGAGGAUGGAGAGGAGAAUUCUGAAGCGCCUAGGAAGGUGUGCUGGCAAGCGGCGAUCUUUAAAGUCGGGGAUGACUGCAGACAGGACAUGCUUGCUCUGCAGAUCAUCGGCCUUUUUAAGAACAUUUUCCAGCUGGUGGGGUUGGACCUGUUUGUGUUUCCAUACAGGGUGGUGGCCACCGCUCCAGGAUGUGGUGUAAUUGAGUGCAUCCCAGACUGUAAGUCUCGGGACCAGCUGGGGAGACAGACGGACUUCGGCAUGUACGACUACUUCAGGAACCAGUACGGGGAUGAGUCCACUCUGGCCUACCAGAAGGCGCGGUAUAAUUUCAUCCGUAGCAUGGCGGCCUACAGUCUCCUGCUUUUCCUGCUCCAGAUCAAAGAUCGACACAACGGAAACAUUAUGCUGGACAGCAAGGGUCACCUCAUUCACAUCGACUUUGGCUUCAUGUUUGAAAGUUCUCCGGGUGGAAACCUGGGCUGGGAGCCUGACAUCAAACUGACCGACGAGAUGGUGAUGAUCAUGGGGGGUAAAAUGGAGGCCACUCCCUUUAAGUGGUUCAUGGAGAUGUGUGUGCGAGGGUACCUGGCUGUAAGGCCUUACAUGGAUGCCGUCGUCUCCUUGGUGACCCUGAUGCUGGACACCGGCCUACCGUGCUUCAGAGGGCAGACGAUCAAACUUCUCAAGCAAAGGUUUAAUCCGACCAUGAGCGAGAAAGAAGCGGCCGCUUUUAUGAUCAAAGUCAUCGAACGCUGUUUCCUCAGUAGCAGGAGUAAAACCUACGACAUGUUGCAGUAUUACCAGAACCAGAUUCCAUACUGA